CGUCUCUCUCCCAUUGCCCACUUCGUCAUCAGCACGCACCGUCGUAGCCAUGGAGUCGGCAACAACAACCGCAACAGUAACUGCACCACCACCACCACCACAGGCGCCCGCGCCACCAGCACCGUCGGCGGCAGAGACGCCCAAGGUCGAGCGCCGAGGCUCGGCGCCCGUCAAGCGCAGGGUAAGCCGCGCCUGCGAUCAUUGCCACCGCAUGCGCACACGGUGUAAUGGCCAGGCCCCGUGCUCGCGUUGCAUAGAACUCGAAUAUGUCUGCCAGUACAACCGUGAAAAGAAACGACGCGGAAAAGUUCCGCGCCACAUCCAGAAGCAGAGAGAGGAAGCUGCUGCUGGCGGCAGCCCACAGACGCCCAAUGGCAUGAACAACUACUUUGAGCGGCCCGCAGUCUUGAACGAAAUGGACGAGGAUGUCUGGUCGCAGUCAGAAGCCACGCCCGUGGUCCAGCAUUUCCCAGACAGCAAGAACACCCUGCCCACGGCUAACUGGCAAGCACUGAACCCCAGCGCCACUUUUGAUCCGCCUGUCAACCACAUGAUGAUUGAUCCCUUGCUGCUUGGAUCGGGCGCUGCCUAUCCGCCAAUGCAUGCAGAAAUGCCCCGCGAAGAGCUCAUGUAUGCAAUGAAUGCAGGCAUGCACAUCAUCCCCGGUCCCAAUGGCACGCCUGUAUCGAUCCCCUCCGAGUACGCCAACAUGUCCUACCAGAUGCACUACCAGCAAGCUGGAAGGCAGUCCUCUCCUCACAGCUAUGGCUCUGCCGACACUGGAUCCCCGCAAUCAGGAGUCAGCGUAAACUCGUCACAAAACAGUGGCCCCAUGAUUGCUUGCAGAUACCCCGUUCUGAAGCCUCUAAUACCGCACCUUAGUAGCAUCAUCAACAUUCCGACCGCAUGCGAUCUUCUCGAAUUCUACUUCCAGAGCUCUUCGUCCGUUUUCAUGGAGCCCGUCUCGCCAUACAUUCUCGGAUCUGUUUUCAGGAAACGAAGCUUUUUGCGGCAACACAACCCAAGGCGGUGCAGCCCAGCCCUCCUGGCCAGUAUGCUUUGGGUAGCUGCGCAAACGAGCGAAGCGAGCUACCUGACCUCCUCGCCCUCGGCGAGAGCCAUCAUUUGCCAGAAGCUCUGGAAAUUGACUGUGGAGCUAUUGAAGCCCCUUGUCCACUCUCCGUCUUCGCACGGCUUCGCACCUGGAUCGGGAGUCACUUCUGCUGCUCACGACGCUUUUGGCGUUGAUCGGGCACUAGGACGCUAUGACGGAAGGCCAGACGGCGCCAUGGCUCCCACCAGCACGCUGGACGAUGUUGCGACAUAUAUCAACCUUGGAGUGGUCACCUCAGCAAGCGAGUACAAAGCAGCUUCUUUAAGAUGGUGGAAUGCGGCGUGGUCACUGGCCAGGGAGCUCAAACUCGGUAGAGAGCUAUAUUCAAAACCUAGCAAAGAGCACGACACAAAUGGAGCCGACGGAGAUGUAGAUGUGGGCAUGUCUGAUGGCUCCGGCGCUCAACCGCCUGCGGGUACACCAGCUGCAGCCAUGAUUGAAGAAAUGAAGGAGGAGAGACGCCGAUUGUGGUGGUUGCUGUACAUGGUGGAUCGCCAUCUUGGCCUCUGCUACAACCGCCCACUGGCCAUGCUCGACAAUGAGUGCGAAGACCUUCUUCAACCGGUUCCCGACACUCUUUGGCAGCAAGGCGAGUUCUACACGGGACACCCAGGACCGCGGAAACGGGGACUCAACUUCCAGUGCACAUCGCAUGACGUGUUUGGCUUCUUCCUCCCUCUGAUGACAAUUCUCGGCGAUAUUGUAGAUUUGAACGCACAGAAAAACCACCCCAGAUUUGGCCAGCGGGCCUCUUGGGAACUUCACGAAGCGGAAAUCACGCGCCAACUGGAGCGGUACGCGUACAGCAUCGAGGAAUUCAAGGCGCAAUACGGCUGUGGUCCAAACGAGGAAUCGCAGCCGAACACAACACCAGACCCGGUUCGAGGCGAGUGGAUUCACCAAACGAGGAAGGUUGCCGCAUACGCCACGCACAUCAUGCAUGUCCUUCACAUCCUGCUCCACGGCAAAUGGGACCCAGUAGCGCUUCUGGAGGACGACAACAUGUGGGUAUGCUCGCAGUCGUUCCUCGCAGCAACUUCGAAUGCCAUCACAGCCGCGCAUGCAGUCGACGUGAUUCUGGACGUGGACCCAGACCUGUCCUUUAUGCCCUACUUGUUUGGCAUGUAUCUGCUCCAAGGCAGCCUCAUCCUAUUACUUUUGGCCGACAAGCUAUCGACUGAAACAAACGACAACGUAAUCCGAGCCUGCGAGACUAUUGUACGCGCACACGAAGCUGCUGUUGUGACUCUCAACACGGAAUAUCAGCGAAACUUCCGCAAAGUCAUGAUUUCGACAUUAGCGCAAAUCAAAGGCCACGGCCACGCAAGGGAAAUGACGCCCGCCAAACGAAGAGAGGUUCUAUCUCUAUACCGGUGGACAAGUCUUGGAAAUGGUCUAGCGAUAUAAAUUUGUUGAGCAGUUUUUCAUGCACGAUCUGGGUAGGCGUAACUGGAAAUCACGGCGUCAGGAGUCAAUUGGUGGAAUUGACGGGUUCGGCGAAGCGGCUGAUAAACACGGCCACCCCACACACACAAAUUUCGGGAACUGUACGAUUAUGACCUUUUUUAGGAAGGAGAGGGAAAGGAAUGGGAAAGCCGCUCUGGAUUAACGAUUUGGCAACGUAAAAAAAGGGGUAGCGGCGCUGCUCUUCGCGAC